CAGUCCCGGGAGGGGCCCGGCUGACUCCGCCCCGGGCCAGGAAGUGACUCAAAAAACAGUUCGAGAUGUGGAGAAGAGAGGUCCCCGUUGGGUGAGAAAUCCGGGAAGGCCCGCCCAGAUUCGAGCCCCCCGCCUUUCUCCCCUGGGCCGGGGGCGCGGGCGAAGCUGGGGCCGGCGGGCACCUAGAGGCACCGGCAGGAGAGGCCACAACGGGCGGCCGAGGCGGAUGGCCCCAAAUCUCCUGGGGUGUUUACCAGAUCGGCAACUAGGGCUGGGUGGCCAAGCAGCCAUGCCUACCUGGGGGGCUGGCUCCGCGUCCCCUGACCGUUUUGCCGUGUCUGCGGAGGCCGAGGACAAGGUGCAGCGGCAGCAACCCCACGUGGAGCGCAUCUUCCGCGUAGGGAUGAGCGUCCUCCCGAAGGACUGCCCGGAGAACCCUCACAUCUGGCUGCAGCUGGAGGGCCCCAAGGAGAAUGCCAGCAGAGCCAAGGAGUACCUGAAGGGUCUCUGUAGCCCGGAGCUACAGGAUGAAAUCCACUACCCACCCAAACUACACUGCAUCUUUUUGGGGGCCCAGGGCUUCUUCCUUGAUUGCCUGGUCUGGAGCACGUCAGCCCACCUGGUACCUAGGGAACCCGGCUCGCUCAUGGUCAGUGGCCUGACCGAGGCAUUCGUCAUGGCUCAGAGCCGAGUGGAGGAGCUGGUGAAGCAGCUGACCUGGGACUUUCGGCCAGGGCCAUCCCCUGGAGCCUCUCAGUGUGCUGGAGUGCUGAGAGACUUCUGUGCCCUGUUGCAGCCCCGGGAGGAUGCCCACAGAGAAGCCCUGCUGCAGCUGCCCCUGGCUAUCCAGGAGGAACUGCUGAGCCUCGUGCAGGAGGCAUCCAGGGGGCAGGGGCCCCAAGCACUUCCCUCUUGGGAGGGGGGGAGCCCAGGUCUGCUGGGUGCUCAGUACCAGGGAGUUGGAGCUCCCCUGAGUGAAGGCAGGGAGUCCCUGGACACUGGACCUAUGGGGUGGCAAGAGUCAAGGGCAGAGAGAUAUGCUGUGGAGAAGGAGGGAGGGAAGCAGGGUGGUCCCAGGGAGAUGGAUUUGGGGUGGAAGGAGCUGCCUGGGGAAGAGGCCUGGGAAAGAGAAGUGGCCUUUAGGUCACAGUCAGGGGGAGGAGAGGCAAGGCAGGCAGGCCUCCUGAAGGGGAAAACCUUGGGAAAGGAGGGAGUGCCUCAGGAAAGUGGACGAUUCUGUGUCCAGGGUGAGUCUUCUGGUGCCCAGGGCCCCUGUCAGAGGGCAGCACAGCCCCGGGGAGCCUCUCUCCUCCAGCGGCUCCAUAAUGGGGAGGCCUCACCUCCUAGAGUGCCUAGCCCCCCACCUGCACCUGAACCCCCGUGGCACUGUGGAGACCGAGGAGACAGGGCAGACAAGCAGCAGGUUGUGGCUCGAGGUCGGGGGUCUCCGUGGAAACGAGGCACCCGGGGGGGCAACUUGGUGACUGGCACUCAGCGUUUCCAGGAGGCCCUGCAGGAUCCUUUCACCCUGUGCCUUGCCAAUGUACCUGGCCAGCCAGAUCUCCGCCAUAUUGUCAUUGAUGGCAGCAACGUAGCCAUGGUGCACGGCCUCCAGCAUUACUUCUCCAGCCGGGGCAUCGCCAUUGCUGUGCAGUACUUCUGGGACCGUGGCCACCGGGACAUAACCGUCUUUGUGCCUCAGUGGCGCUUCAGUAAGGAUGCCAAGGUCAGAGAGGGUCACUUCCUGCAGAAGCUCUACUCCCUCAGCCUGCUCUCCCUCACUCCUUCCAGAGUCAUGGAUGGCAAGAGGAUCUCCUCCUAUGAUGACAGGUUCAUGGUGAAGUUGGCUGAAGAGACUGACGGGAUCAUAGUCUCCAAUGACCAGUUCCGGGACCUGGCAGAGGAGUCCGAGAAGUGGAUGGCAAUUAUCAGAGAGCGCCUGCUGCCCUUCACCUUUGUGGGAAACCUCUUCAUGGUCCCUGAUGACCCGUUGGGGCGAAAUGGCCCCAUGCUGGAUGAGUUCCUGAAGAAGCCAGUCAGGGCACAAGGGUCUUCUAAGGCUCAGCAUCCUUCCAGGGGCUUCGCAGAACCCGGCAAUCAGCAGCAGGGGAGAGAAGAGGAGGAAAAAGGCAGUGGUGGCAUUCGGAAGACCCGGGAGACGGAGCGGCUCCGGCGCCAGCUACUGGAGGUGUUUUGGGGCCAGGAUCACAAGGUGGACUUCAUCUUGCAGCGGGAGCCUUACUGCCGGGACAUCAACCAGCUUUCGGAGGCCCUGCUCAGUCUCAACUUUUGAGCGUCACCUGCCUGAGUGGCUGCCGCCCCGUCAGCUCCAGCCUCACCCAGCUCAGCCCCUUCGAGGGUCCCUGUGCUGCUCAGACCCUGACCGAGACCCACUUUAAGUUAGUGCACUGGGUUAGGGAAGCGCUGAGGAAGAGCAUUUGAGUGUGGGGAAUGCUCCUGCCUAGUGCACUUUGGGGACAGGUCCUUCAAGUGACUUGAUCUCCCCUUGAGUCAGGACCUCAGCCAGCUCUCAAGAGGUUCUCCUCAGCCUUCACUUCUCAGCCUUGCCAUAGCACAGGGUUUCUGUAGGGAGUGAGGGCUGCUGAAGAGGGUAGGUCCUGGAGAUUGGGACUGCUGGCUUCUUGAAGCUGAGCUGGGGGUGGAGGCUAGGGUGGGCGGGAGGGGAAUGAAGAACGAUGGCAAGGAAGCUGAGCCUUUCCUCUCCCUGGCUGCUGCUCUGGAUGGUGCCCAGGCUUGGCUGGGCUCCUGGGAACCUUGGAGGGAAUGCUGGGCCCUGGAAAGGCUAGGGGUCUGGGUCACAGGGGGACAGCAGGGAGCUGGUGGGGAAGGCAGAAGGAAACUUGGCUUCUGGUCUCAGCAGUGCCUGUCUGUGACCUUGAUGGAGCUGCGUGGCCUUUACUUCUGCCUAUAAGUCAGACGUAAAAAUACUGUUGGGAAGAGACGUGAGAACAUGGAGGAGGGCUCCUUGGAGGAAAGGUACUUGGACCAAGUCUCAGGUGUGUUUGUGGCUGUACAGGCUUCUGAACCAAAACCUUGCUCAGAGAACUGAGGGUCCUCUAUCCCCAGGGCUUGUGCCCUCAAUUUUAACACUGCACCCUCAUUCUGAUGUGCCCUAUAAUGGCUGCAUCCCUUUUGGGCAACCCCCAAAUCCACAUUUACAAAACAGUAAGGGGUAAUUGUUUGCAUUACCAAAAUACUCUCAGGGUUCCUCAAAAUGGCAGCUCUCCUGUUGUAUUCAAGUUUACAGAUUAACGAAUGUGUCCGAAAGGCCCUGGUUCCAUGCACUUGCUGAGGUGUUGCCCGUUCACCAAGCCAAUGAAGCCAUGUUCUGCAGUGACAAUGUUAAUGUGAGCAGACCCUAGCAUUUUCUCUACAGUACACGUAUGUUGCAUAAAGCGAGGCCCACUUUUACUUUGUGUGUGUAUGUAUGCGGAUGGGGUUAGAGAUUGUAUCUAGACAAACCACUUAUCUGGAAAAUGGAAAUGGAAGAAUCAAACCAACUGCUGUCCCACCAGGACAUUCCACCCUGACUCCUGCAGGUCAUUGUCCUUUAUCUGCCUGAAGUCCUCCCGUGCCUGGGAACUGUCUACCUCCAAGGUGGUGCAUUCCGUCUCUGGACGUUGUUAGUAGUCCUUCCUUUAGUGUAGCCCCUAACUUGCACUUCUGCCAUAUGCUGGUCACUCCGCCAGGAAUAAUAUAGGGCCAGUCAACCCAGAGUCCAAGACCAGAUAAAGAAGGGGGACAGGUGGCACAGGGUUCUGUGCUGUCUGGGCCUGCAGAAGUCCCUGUAACGGUCCUUUUCAGGCUCUGGCUGUGCUCCCUGAGCAGCACGGUGUGUCUGUGUGUACUGCCACUCCAGCUCCUCAUUCCGGCAACGGGGGGAGCUGAGUGCUGAUGGAGAGGGGCCCUUCCCAGUGUCUUCACGCCCUCCUCCCUGUUGGUGAUGUAUCUCACUAGACCCUAGUGACUUGGGCUGGGGGCAGGUGUGCUCAAGAGAGGCUAGUCAGGGAGGUGACAGUGACUCAAAGUCCCCUCAGAAGAAAACAGAAUGGUUAAUAUGCCUGAUUUAGGGGCUAGGGAAACUGCUGGUCAAGUUGUGGCAGAUACCAGGGUAGAUAAAAGAAGAGGGUCUUAGAUGAACACUUGGGACUUUUUUUUCCUAAUAGGGUUGAGUUUGUAGUUUUUGAUAUGUUCCUUGCCCCUUUCACUUUCAGUGAUGGUGGGUGUGCAGUAGGCCAGAGGUAUCUUCUGUCUCUGUGCUGGGGACCUUGGUUGACUGAAGUGGCCUCAAUCAGAUCAGAGGCAAGUCCUAAGCUUCUUCCAGACUGGAAUGUUGGCUUUGUCCUACAGCGUGAUGAACUGGGACCAGCGUGUGACUGCUGUAUUAACUCACUGCCAUCCCGUGAUUGACUGAAGGCUGUCCUCGACUUGGGCCUCAUCUCUGCUGGCAUCCGAAUGGCACUGUGAACAAGUGUGCAGGCUGGCCACAGAACACACUGGGAACCGAUCAUGCCUCAUCUUCUAGUCUUGACCUUUAUCAUAAC